AUGACCAUUCUAAGAUUACCUCCGUUGCCCACAAUAAGAGAUUUGGUUAAACUGUAUCGCCUUCAAGCGCGUAAACAGUUGUCCCAAAACUUUUUAAUGGACGAACGUCUCACAGAUAAAAUCAUCAAAACAGCAGGUAGAAUAAAAGAUGGACAUAUAUUGGAAGUCGGACCUGGACCAGGGGGAUUGACGCGAUCGAUAAUGAGAAAGUAUCCACAGAGGUUAAUAGUAGUUGAGAAAGACAAUAGAUUUUUGCCUACGUUGCAGCUACUCCAAGAAACAUUUCAAAACGUCAAUGGCGAAAUGGAAAUAAUCAUAGGAGAUAUAUUGAAUGUAAAUUUGAACUUGUUUCCUGAGUGUGAGAAAAAAAGCUGGGAAGAUAUUCCACCAAGGAUUCAUUUGAUCGGUAAUCUACCAUUCAGCGUAUCGACUCAUCUUAUUAUCGUCUGGCUUAAAGCUAUCUCUGAGAAAAGUGGACCGUGGGCCAUGGGAAGAACCAAAAUGACACUCACCUUUCAAAAGGAAGUUGCUGAACGCCUCGUCUCAGAAGCAUAUGCUCGGGAUCGCUGCAGAUUGUCAGUCAUGGCACAGACUUGGACCAAACCGCAUCUAAAGUUUGUCAUUCCCGGCAAAGCAUUUGUUCCACAGCCUGACGUGGAUGUCGGGGUUGUGACAUUUACACCGCUGGUACAGCCUGGUACAAACCAUGAAUUUGAUUUAUUUGAAAAAGUUACCCGGCACAUGUUCAGUUUUCGUCAGAAAUACGUUAUCAAAUGUAUAGAAACUCUGUUUCCGACCUCUUGUCAAAAGGAGCUUGGAAUGAUGAUGGCAAAGCUGGCCGAAAUUGACCCCACGACAAGACCGUUCAUGCUUGAAGUCGCGGAAAUAGAUCGCCUCUGUACAGCGUACAAAUACUUGUGUGAAAAGCAUCCCGGCAUAGAGUCUUACAAUUACAGAGCUAGUAACAAAUUAUUAGCGUAUCGUUAUACAUCUGACGUUAAAGUCGAGAAAGUUAGCGCCAAUUCAAUGUAGAAACAUUGCUUGACAGGUGUGGUGGGCAAGUAUCGCUCAAAUUGUUGAUCAAAUUACAAAGAUCGACCACAGCGAUAUUCAGUUACAAUUGUAGUUAGUGUCAAUAUCAGUGAAUUGUAGCCGUAGUUAGUGAUUAAAAAAAUCGCUAUAUCAAACUAUAUAUGGAAAUGUAUUUUAACUUGCAUUUACUUUAUGCGCUGUUCUCUUUAUCCAAAAUAAAUUGACGGUUUAACUAAA